GUAAUUUUUUUCUAUUAAUGCCUGUAAUAAGGACGUUUCAUGAGAUGUAUCAAAUGUUCAAAUAUAUGUUAAAACCGAGCAAACAGACUUCCUGUCCCUCUGCUGCAAUUAGUAUGCAGGCUCUGUUCACGAGGACAAUGAAGUGUACUUUGGUGUGGGCUGCAGAGAGUCACUCAGUGACCAGGAGAGGGCAUCUCAAGUCCUGAAACGAGCGCCAGAGAGCUCAGUAUAAUCCUCCAGCAACAUCAUUCCUGUUGCUAUACAACUGAUUUAUUCUUGAUGCCACGGUCAACGGCUCUAAUCCACAGCAGACUGCGCCUUUUCCCUCCGCUGCCCACAUCUCAAUCUGGAUACAUGCAACUUGUCGGCUUUGGACUUCAGUUUUUUCCCUCUCAAAUUUCUUCACUUGCUCGGUCUUUUUCUGCCACUUAACCUAGAUUUAACUCGGUGUGUCAAAAUGUAUUUUCUAGCCUCCCAAAGCACGCGCUCAACAGUGUCCUUCUCGUGAGGCUGCGAGCUUGAGCGCCCAUCCAUCCAUCCGUCCGUCCAUCCACGGGCUUUGUGAGGUGGCAGUCUGAAAUGUGCAUCAUCAAGCUUGAUGUUGUGCGGUAACAGAGGAAACUAUACACAGAGGUUGAUGCGCACCUUUUGGAGCUGCUCACAUCUCCGACAGGUGUGCGGCUGUGCGCAAAGCGGAUCCGUCUGCGGCGCAAAGUGCGUAUAUUUCCAGUGCAGACAGGCGUCCUGGGUGCGUGUCCAACUAUUUGGACAAAACGCCGAGUUCGUCUAACAUGUGGACCUGGGACGCAUGCAACAGAGAGCCCUAACCAUGAGGAGGAGCCGACACCGCGCAAAUAUGGGACUUCUCGUGCUUUUCAGAUGGCUUGUAUUCACAUUAGUGGUGCCCGCCUGGCUGCUCGCUGCUCCGAGCGGCAUCCGUGAGCGUCCCUGCCCCCAGAGCUGUAGAUGUGAUGGGAAAAUAAUAUACUGCGAAUCCAAUGCCUUCCGUGACGUGCCAAACAAUGUGUCAGUAGGCACACAGGGCCUCUCCCUGCGUUACAACAGCCUGGUGAACCUCAGAGCCCACCAGUUUGCAGGCCUGAGUCAACUCGUUUGGCUCUACCUCGACCACAAUUACAUCAACGAUGUGGACGGCCAGGCUUUCCACGGCAUACGGAGACUCAAAGAACUGAUUCUCAGCUCCAAUAAGGUCACACAUCUGAAAAACAACACUUUUCAUGAUGUUCCCAAUUUACGUAACCUCGACCUUUCCUACAAUAAACUGCAGGUUCUGCAGCCCAAUCAGUUUGUGGGUCUACGGAAGCUGCUCAGUUUACACUUGAGGUCAAACUCCUUAAAAACUGUCCCUAUGCGAGUUUUUCUCGACUGUCGCAAUCUGGAGUUUCUUGAUAUUGGCUACAACAGGCUACGGAGCCUCACACGCAACGCCUUUGCAGGACUCCUAAAGCUCAUCGAGCUUCAUCUGGAGCACAACCAGUUUGCAAAGAUUAACUUUGCUCAUUUCCCCCGCCUGACUAAUCUGCGGGCGCUCUAUUUGCAAUGGAACCGUAUCCGACUGCUCACCCAGGGCCUGCCGUGGAUGUGGACCUCCUUGCAAAAGCUGGACCUCUCAGGAAAUGAGCUCCAGUCGUUGGACCCAAGUACAUUUCAAUGCCUCCCUAAUCUGCAGACUCUGAACCUGGACUCCAACAAGCUCAGCAAUGUGUCCCAGCAGGCGGUGGAGGCUUGGAUCUCCCUCACCACCAUCAGUCUGGCUGGUAAUUUGUGGUACUGUAACCCCAACAUAUGUCCCCUGGUGGCCUGGCUCAAGGCUUUUAAGGGGAACAAGGAGACCACUAUGAUUUGCGCCGGCCCAAAGGAGGCACAAGGAGAAAAAGUGACCGAUGUGGUGGAGACUUAUAACAUCUGUACAGCGACACCGGCCCCCGUCCCCUCAACGACAACCCCCCUCACUUCUGCUUUCCAGCCUGAGCUGCUGCCUUUUCCCACGCAGUCUGUGAUGGACAAGAAGCUGAUCUGGAACAGGACAGUCUCCCCUACUCCUUCCGAGGCCUCCCCCACCAUCCCUCUGCCAGACACUGAGUAUGUGUCCUUCCACAAGAUCAUAGCUGGUAGCGUGGCCCUGCUCUUAUCAGUGGCUAUAAUUCUGCUGGUGAUCUAUGUCUCAUGGAAGCGAUAUCCUAGCAGCAUCAAACAGCUCCAGCAGCGCUCGGCGGUUAAAAAGCGCCAGAAAAAGGCACGGGAGACCGAGCGCUCCCUUAAUUCACCACUGCAAGAGUACUAUGUGGACUACAAGCCUUCACACUCAGAGACUAUGGAUGUGCUGGUUAAUGGGACAGGACCUUACACUUACACCAUCUCAGGCUCCAGGGAAUGCGAGAUACCGCGGCAGCUGAGUGCUCUGACGUUGUACAGGUGUGAGCAGUCGGUUCUGGAUUACUGCCAUGCCCACCUGUCACUGCACCUCAACGUGGGCAUGGAGCCCCCAACUCAGGCACUGGGAGGUCCGAGGCCAGCCAAGUACCGCCCGGGCCUAAUGGCUCCCCUCCCUUCUGAGCCUGUGCUGCCUUGCCCCCAGACCCACUCCCUCCACCAGUGAGCUGUGUACACUGUGAGGCUCUGUGUCCAAACUACUGUAUGUCUGCUGCACAGAGUCAGUGGACCACUCACAUGAAACACAAGGCUGUGUGGGAGGGAACUGGGACUGGUAAAGAAGCAAAGGAGACAAUUAAUCUACUGCAGAGCAUCUUGGACCCAGGGUAAUGAAAAUGAAAAUAUUUCUCAGUGGAAAUAAAAGGGGUGCAGCAGUAUUGAUUAGUGAGCUUCUGACCUACCUGACCCCAAAUGUCCUCAAUUAGCAAAGGAGGCUGAACAGCAGCAUGACUUUUCCACGUUCUGCUCUGCCUCUUGAGGAGCAUUAAGGCUAAUAAUUUAAUGAUUUGUUAAUCUUCUUAAAUAUAUUUCCUCUACUGCUCCUCAUCCGGGCACCUCUCUGCUGCGUCAGGUAAAGUAAUCAAAUGCAAAAUACUAUUAACAGAGCAGGGAAACAGCAUGAUAAGCAAUUGAGUAGCAGAACAAAUGAAAGAUCAGCCAAGCUAAAAGGCUUUCUGCUGCUUUUUCUGAUCACGCUGUCAGUCAGAGGUCUCUCUCUAACUCACGUCCCUGUGGCGUUUUCCAUCUCGAGAAAUGAGCCACCCAAAUGAAAUUACCCAAGACGAGGGGAGCAAGUCAGAAAAUAACGGACAGUAAUUGUCAUAUAAAAUGUACAGCCUUCACAUCUUGCCGGCAGUAAGUAUAAUUUACAUGGUGAUUUUUGAUUUCCUAUAAUUAUUUGGGAUGUUGAUCACGUUAUAAUUAAUUUAAUCGAGCUGAGAAAUAAACAGAUGAAAAAUAAACACCAGAUCUCGGUGCACUGGGAGGUUCAGAUAUUUACUUUUCACCAUCCAUUUAAAUCGCUCUUGUAGUUAAUGGGUUUCUGUUUUUGAAAUUUGUUCUUCAGCCAUGUAUCUGAUUGUGCACUCAUAUAUCUACAUGUGUGUGCUUUUUACAAGAUGUUACAUUAUAAUAUAUGGUAAAUAAACUGUGGUAAAUUACCAGUAACAGUGUCAUUCAUCAAGAUCAGCCGUGUCAACCCAACCAACGGUGGUUAAGACCGAAGAGCACAGCACUUAAGGCAAGACUGCUUAAUAAUCUAUGUGUCUGGUUUUUGCCUUUAGUGAUCAAGACCACAAUGGUAACUUUCACUUGCUUUUCUCUCCCCCUGUGACUGUGUGUGACCGUUAUCUGACGUAAUACAGUAUACUCCACUCUC